AUGGAAGAUAAUCCCAUUGAGAAAUGUGUAGAAGAACUACGAAAAAUGUGCAUUCAACUUCAUCCAGAUCUAUUCGAUACGGUUUUCGGUAAAGCCGAUGUUAAAGAAUCGGGACGAGAUAAUAUUGAUCGUCUCUUUGUCAUGACUCAAACACCUGAUGAAAUACGUAAUGCUGACUACUAUCAAUUCGGAGCUAAGGGUCGAAGUGAAGUACCUUUCAUAUGUGUUUGGAUCAGGCACCUUAGUGAAAUACCACCUGCAUAUGAUAAUCUCUUUGGACCAAGAUUCAAAUUGAUUUACGAUUGA